AUGGCGACUGUCGUGGUUCAACAGCAGCAUGCGCUGCAGCAUUCGACUCCGCCGCCUUCACCCAUUCCCACAGCACUCGCCAUCCCCCGCCGAACUAGCCCAAUCCCGAACAAGCAUCUUCCCGUCUGCCCAACUGGGCCCUCACCAUCGGAAUCGGCCUCCCAGGAGUCACUGGGACUCCGAAUGACCAAUGAACAGACAUCCUCUCUUUUGUACCCUCCAGAGGGCUUUGUGCGUCUCUCACGCCUGCCGUCACCAACGGUAUAUGCCCUCGAUGGCGAGACACUGGCCGCCGCGCUCAAUCAUCAGGCGGCGCAGCCCCUACCAGAUCCAUCGCAAAUGUUCCCCUGGCUGCAUGGUCUGCAUCCAGAUAACCACCUGCAGUUGGGCUUCUUUUCCAGUCGCAAACGCUCCGCGCGCCGAGCGCCGAAAUGCUGGCGCGGCAUCACUGUGGUCAAGCUUGGCGGUGACCUGACUAAGGCGCGCAUCAAGGGUGCUGUGACUGCCCAGGAAGUGAUCACUCCAUCGGCACGUUUCUUGAUGUCCGAUCCACCAGAGGGAUUCUCGGUUCGGAACUUCCAUAUCCAGACAGCCAAAUUGGCUGCCAUGUCAGAUAUUGUUGUCUAUGCCGAAGAUGGAGCGAGUAGAUCCGAGUUGCUUGCGCUGGCGGAGGAUUUUGUCACAGCCCAGCAGGCCUGGAGAUUGAAGAAUGACCCCGCCCAGGAGCGCCCAGCAUACAACACCUUUGUCUUAACGAGUAGCUUUGCCGACUUUGAAAAGAAAUGCCCCAGCAUGGUGGCCAUCGACUCUAACGGCCAUAGUACAGGCCAAGUCAUGGACUUUUUCCAAUGGGAGCGUCUUGAAAUGUGCAGCAUGUCCCGAGCAUCAGAGAUAUCUGCCAAUGUCUUCCUCGGACCCACUCCAGAGUACAUACUGAGGCCUGGCACAUGUCAGCCGCCGAAGGAGAAGACCUACGAUCUUCUGAUUGAGGCCAGCGAUCUGGCCAAUAUUCCAGGCCCUCGUUUCUUGGGCAUGAUGGACAAGCAGCUGGAAGGUGGCACCCAGCGUAUGGAGUUCCCCUCAUCAGGUUCGAUUGUUCUUCCCUCGGGCAAUACCCGCGAAGUGGAGGAUAUCGUAAACACGAUCCGCUGGAUCUAUUAUCUGGCGAACCCAGAACAGCCCGCCGAGGUGGCUGAUCGCGAAGGCGAUGUCGCCAUGACUCACGCUGGCAAGAAACCCCGCCGAGUGUUGAUCCACUGUGCUGAUGGAUACACUGAGAGCUCGCUGCUUGCUGUCGCAUAUUACAUGUUUGCCGAGGGAGUUCCUGCACCGGAGGCUUGGCUCCAGCUUCAUUGUAACAAAAAGCGCAACUUCUUUACAUACCCAACCGAUGUCGCAUUUCUGAGUCACAUUCAGCCGCGCCUGCUGCAGGAAAGUCCUGCCUCGCGGUCCAUCGACACCUCGUGUAUUUGGGAUCCUGACUGGUUCUUGAAGAUGGACGGAUCCCUCCCCAGCCGGAUCCUGCCGUACCUGUAUCUGGGAAAUCUCAACCAUGCGAAUAACCCGGACUUGCUGCGGGAGCUCGGCAUCCGACGUGUUUUGAGUAUCGGCGAGGCUGUUAACUGGAGCCUUGAGGAACGCUCCAAGUGGGGUACUGACAACUUGAUGUUCAUUCAUAAUGUGCAGGAUAACGGCAUCGACCCGUUGUCAGAGGAGAUAGAUCGGUGCCUGGAGUUUAUUGGCAAAGGAAAGAGCGACGGAACUGCGACCUUGGUUCACUGUCGCGUGGGUGUAUCCAGAUCCGCCAGUAUCUGCAUCGCGGAGGUGAUGGCCUCGCAAGGGCUGUCUUUCCCUCGUGCUUAUUGCUUUGUCCGGGCUAGACGUUUAAACGUAAUCAUUCAGCCUCACCUUCGAUUUGUCUACGAGCUUCUGCAGUGGGAACAGCUGCAAAAGCAAAAGCGCGGCAUCCCCUCAAAACGAGAGUUGGAAUGGGCAACUGUCUCGCGUGAGAUUGCCCUCCUCAACAAGCCGUACUCGAGAACCUAA